UUUUCAAGAUUUUGUGUCAUAUUGUUGAAAUCAAGGUUAUAUCGUGUCGAAAUUUGUGGGUUUUUUUUUUUUUGGAUUCAUAAGAAAAAGAUUUUAGACGACAGACAUGGCCGGAGGAGGGCAAGCGCCACCGCCUAAACAAGAGGAGUUGCAGCCGCAUCCUGCUAAAGAUCAGCUUCCUAAUGUUUCUUAUUGCAUAACAAGUCCACCUCCAUGGCCCGAGGCAAUACUUUUAGGUUUUCAGCAUUAUCUUGUGAUGCUUGGAACAACCGUUCUGAUUCCCACUACUCUCGUUCCUCAAAUGGGUGGAGGGCAUGAAGAAAAAGCCAAAAUGAUUCAGACACUACUCUUUGUUGCUGGCAUCAACACAUUAACACAAACACUUUUUGGAACUCGGUUGCCAGCUGUCAUUGGAGGCUCCUUUACUUUCAUCCCUACAACCAUUUCAAUCAUCUUGGCUGCUCGAUAUACCGACAUUCUCGAUCCUCAAGAGAAAUUUGAGAGAAUUAUGAGAGGGACACAAGGUGCUCUUAUUGUGGCCUCAACUCUUCAAAUCGUGCUUGGUUUUAGUGGACUUUGGCGCAAUAUCACAAGGUUCAUGAGUCCAUUGUCAGCAGUUCCACUCGUUGCUCUAACUGGAUAUGGGCUAUACGAGUUUGGCUUUCCCUUGGUUGCUAAAUGUAUCGAGAUUGGACUUCCCCAAAUCGUAUUUCUGCUGAUUUUCUCACAGUAUAUACCACAUCUUAUGAGUGGAAAGAGUCAUAUAUUUGAUCGAUUUGCUGUCUUAUUUUCUGUGGUGAUUGUGUGGAUAUAUGCUCAUUUACUCACUGUUGGUGGGGCCUACAAGAACAAAUCUGACACAACUCAAUACAGUUGUAGAACCGAUCGUGCUGGAAUCAUAGGCGCUGCUCCUUGGAUACGAGUUCCUUAUCCGUUUCAAUGGGGAGCUCCAACAUUUGAUGCUGGAGAAGCUUUUGCUAUGAUGGCUGCUUCAUUCGUGUCUCUUGUCGAGUCUACUGGCGCGUUCAUUGCAGUUGCUAGAUACGCGAGUGCAACGCCUAUGCCGCCUUCGGUUCUUAGCCGCGGCAUUGGUUGGCAGGGAGUCGGCAUUUUGUUUUCUGGAAUCUUUGGAACAGGAAAUGGUUCAGCCGUAUCAGUCGAAAAUGCUGGUUUACUUGGCUUAACACGCGUUGGUAGCAGAAGGGUUGUCCAGAUUUCUGCUGGCUUCAUGAUAUUCUUCUCUGUUCUUGGAAAAUUUGGGGCUGUAUUCGCAUCGAUUCCCGCGCCGAUUGUCGCAGCAUUGUAUUGUCUGUUCUUCGCCUAUGUUGGCUCAGCAGGUCUUGGAUUUCUCCAAUUUUGUAAUUUGAACAGUUUCAGAGUAAAAUUCAUUCUUGGAUUCUCGAUCUUUAUGGGGUUAUCGAUACCACAAUACUUCAAUGAGUACACUGCGAUAAAGGGUUAUGGUCCUGUCCACACGAAAGCCAGAUGGUGGAAUGAUAUGAUAAAUGUGCCUUUCUCUUCGGAAGCAUUUGUGGGUGGAUUAUUGGCCAUGUUGCUAGAUGUAACGUUAAGGCAGAAAGAUGCUGCAACAAGGAAGGAUAGAGGGAUGCAUUGGUGGGACAAAUAUAGAUCUUUCAAGACGGAUACAAGGAGUGAAGAAUUUUACUCAUUGCCCUUUAAUCUCAACAAGUUUUUCCCUUCGGUUUGAUUGAAAGAUGGGAUCUUGUUACUUUUGCAUAGUGCAUUGUUUUGAAUAUUUGAUAUUUAUGCAUAUUCUAUCUUUAAAUCUUGAUCAACUUUUGGCCUAUGGUGCCCAUCUUACAAAAAGUCCAAACUUUUUAGGCAUUCCUUGCUUUCUUGAAUUUCAUUGGUUUUUUUCAAGACUCUAAAAAACCACCUUGGAGAAGAAAUUUUUGUGCUAUAAAAUGUAACUAGG